AUGACACUUAGUUUGUUAUUCAUCAUAUUUUUAAAUCAUCAAUUUGUAUCGAAAUCACAAAAAGUUAUGAGUCUCAUUUCAAAAAGUUAAGAAAGGGCGAAUUCUGAAUUAAAUGAAGAAAUUAACCAUUUUUUUGCUUAUUUUUCUUUGCAAAAAAAGCUUAUCUUCCUUAAUAUUGAAUAAAAAAAUGGUGCAGUCUCGUUUACAAAAUUUGAUAGUUCCUUUCACCGUUUCUUUAUUUUUCAUCGAAUAAAAAAGUGUUUUUUUUUUUUUUCAAUUUUAAAUGAUUACGUUUCUACGCUAUCACACUGGUGAACAACUAGUUGUUAUACCUUAAAAAAACUGAAGCAUUUAUGAAUAAAAAAACAAAUAUUUCAAAAACACAUUUCGGUAUCACUUAUGUGCUCCAUCGAUAAGGGGCCAAAAAAAUUAAUUUUUUUAUCGACUUUUUCUGCAUUUUUUUCCGUUUUUUUAAUGUUUCAGCUACUUUAUAAACCACCAAAAAAACCGCUUAAUUUUUCAUUCGUAUUUGAAAAAGUUCCUUAUCAGCCAAAACAUGCAUUUUUCUUUUUCAAUUUACUCAAGAUCUCUGAACUCUGAGAGGAUUUUUUGAGUCACUUGAGGGGUCUGAGACAUCUUUGUGGUGUAACUAUAAUUUGAAAAUUAUCGAGUUUUUCUUAAUUCAUAAUUUUCUUAAUUUUUGAUCGGAAGAUUUUUUGAAAUUAGUUUUUUCAUUGUCGUUCUUCAGCGUCUAUAAUUUGUUCCCUUUAGUUUCAAUGGGCUCAGAUAUUUUUCGUAAAGAUCUCGAGGCGAAGAUUCAUUUCCUGUAAUUUUAGGCCAAUAUAGAUUCCUGCGCGUUUCCAUUGCUUCAGUUGAACUGUUUUCUUCCAUUUUAUGCUUAUAUUUUUGUAUUUCAUAUGAAAGAAAAUUUUCACCAAAAUUUCAAAAACGGGAACGAAAAAAAGAUUUGUUUCGGACUCUUUGAAAUAUAUAGAAAUGUAGUAGAAAUGAACUUUUUUCCAUUUUCAGAGCAACACCGCGUCUGCGACUCAAUAUGUAGUGAGUGAAGUUGCGGAGAAGCGCACUAGAAUAACAUCAGACCAGAUGCAGAUGCGAUCCAGACGGCGUUCGAGGUCGGCUCGGCGCAGUCGUCGUCCAACGACGUCGAGAAGGCGACGUCUUCCGGCGACUGGUGCGCCUGGCGACGGAAAAGUCGCGUCCGGCCCGCCAAGGCCGACGUCCAGCAAGCGCGUCAGGUGUGACGGCUAAUCCCCCAGGGCAAUUGGUUCAAAUAUCAACUCUUCUGUGUCUAAUGCCACGAAAUACUCGAAAAAAACUUUAUUCGAACAUUUUGAAGUGGAAAUGUAUUUCUAUAGGGGCACAGAUGGUUCAAAACCUUAUAAACUGGAAAUUUACUCAAGAAAUUCAGAUAGGUCCCUAUAGGGACAACCUUAGGGGCCCUUGAAGGUUGCCUUUAGGGAUCACUUUACUUCCCUGUAGGGGACACUAAAGCUAAAUAAAACUUUCGGUUGAAAUAUCAACUCUUCUGUGUCGAAUGCCACGAAGUACUCGAAAAAAGAACUUUUCCCUCAAGGGACCACUUUAACUUGAGAACUCUUUUGCUUGAAUUAUCAGCUCUUAUGUGUCUAAUGUUACGGAAGUUCUUAAAAAAAACUUUUUUCGAAACUUUUGAAGAAUCAAAGAAUUGAAAAAAAAGCUGUAGAAAACCGCUUCCCCGUUUUUGCAGAUUGUUUAAUAAAAAAAAAAUGAAUAUUUAGUCGUUGGGAUGUGUUUUUUUCCAUCUAAUUGUUAUUUUUUCAACUUUUCAGUUUUUUUUAUUGAACGAAAAUCUUUAUUGGGGUAACACGGAUGAUUCCGAUAGAAGUCUCGAAGCGAAGAGUUAUUUUGUUUUCCUUCCCAUUGAUAUUUGGAAAUGCCUCAAACGGUUUUUAAAUGGUUCUGCGUUGCAAAAAAAGAAAUUAUGCUGAAAAGAACUUUUUUUGAAGUUUUUUUCCGACUAUUCAACGAAGUUUUGGAAGUUAUUCAUAAUGGUCUCUAUAUUGGAAAUUCUGUUUUCGAAAAAAAUUUUUUUGCGGGAAGAUAGUUCAUCAAAAGUUGAGUCAGAAAACUGUGAAUUUACUUUUUUUUUUCAAAACGAACUUCUCAAGAAAGGAAAAUAAUUAUUUUUUUCAGUCUCAAACCUCAAGAUGAUAUACAAAAACUAAUAUUACAGGAAUAAGAGGAAACCUGACAUUUAAAAAAAAAAUUAUGAACUUCUUUUUCUUCAAGACUGAAAUAAUGAACUAUAACUUUUUCAAUGAACGCAUUCGUGAGAACGAUUUCUACAAGAACAAGAAGAAAUCUGGAUUUUGCAGGCGGUUGCCAGCUCGUUCGUUGAGCACCACCUCUCGGUCGAACAAUUGAAGGACGUUUACCCCGAUUCCUAUAUCCAUCCGGAGUUCCCCGACCGCAGCGAUGGCCUCCAUUCCGAAGAGGCCAAGUAGUAUAUUAAAAUAGAAUCGAGAAAACUUGGAAAUGACUAGAAAUUUGCAGAAAACGAGUGAAAGACGGCGGAAUCAACUGUAUAGACCCGCCGAGAGAACCGAAUCUCAUCCGAUUUUUCGUCUCUCAGUUUCACUUCAAAUUUUGGCUUCUCUUAAUAGGUGAGCAUUUUUUAAAGGAACUUGUAGGGGAAUUCAGAGUGGACCCUAAAGGGGCGCCCUAAGGGGCCCUUAAAGGUUCCCUUCUAGGGUUUUUAACUCAUCUUUAGGGGCCAAUUGAAAAAGUGACUACUCUAGAGGAAAAAGCAUGCUGGUGGUCUCAAUACGCCUUUUCAACUUUUAAAUCAGAACAAAAAAGUUAAAAUACCACUAUAGGGACCACUUUCUUUGUUCUUUCGUCAUUUCAAGUAUAUUUUUUCUUGUUUUUCAGUUUUUUUUCAAAAUAAAUUCGUUCAUAUAGUUAUCAGCAAUUUCGAAAUGUUGUUACAUAUUUCUGAAAAAAGAAGCCUAUCAAAACUGAUCCUUGGCUUUAGGGAAAUUCCAAUUUUCUCUCGUUUCUCCAUAUUUCAACUUGAUUUUACCUUCUUUUUCUUUUAGAAAUUUCGCAUUUAUUUAGGAAUUUUUCUGAGAAAUUCAUUAUUUAACUUUCCAUAGGUAUUUCGAAGCUAUAGGGGAGAAUUUUUUUCAACUUAAACUUUGAAAAAAAUCUUUCACGCCUUGCAUUUUAUUAAACUACUGAUUAGUCUACCGCAUUUUACUCUUAUAUUCAUUAUAAAUAUCUGUCUCUAUAUUUUAUUCAAUGUAUAGACCAAUAAUUGAGGCGCCUCCCUGCUCUCGAUGGCGACCUAUUCGAUUCACAUGGCCCGAGGGUACAACGAACCGCUCAAUUUGUAUUGUGCCAUGAUUUUGUUGGCGGUGGUGAUCGUCAUGUGCUUUCUGUCCUAUUGGCAGCAGAGCAAGGCCAAAAAGGUUGGGUUUUGGGUCGUGGAAAGAUGAGAAUAUUCUCUCCGUUAAAAAAAGAGGUAUGUCUCGGGUAAAGUGGUCCCUGAAGGGGCAGCCAUAGGUUUAAGGUUAAAAACAUGUUCUCUGAUCACUCAUUUGUGUUCAGUUUUUUAUUCAAAAAAACAUAUAUUGGCUCCUGUAUUUGUUGUCUCCAAGCGAUGAUUCAUUUCCUCUGUCGUGAAAUAUAAAAACUUGAUUUAUUGAUUGAAAUUGGAAUGCUUUCGAGCUUUUUCACUAGGAUUCUAUGAACGCGGCAUUCCUAAUGGGGUGAGAAAAGGUGAGCGAGACGUCAAAUUUUAUGAAUUUACAAAAAAAAGCAAGUGCGCGCUUCGGAUAAAAUGACGUCAUAGUUACACUGAGUAUUAAACGUUAAUAACUUGUUUGUUCGAUCGCAUUUCUCCCCACCCCGUUUGGGAACGCCGUGAGGACAUUGAAUAUUCUUGAAGGUGUUGCAAUCCAACACGCGAAUGAUGCCGUCGCUCGCGGUAGUCAUCCGGGAUUGUGAAGAGCAGGAAGUCAAGGCAGAUGAAGUCGUCGUGGGCGACAUCGUCAUUUUGAGGUGAUUUCGAGUCGGAAAAGUCCAAAAAUUGAUCAGUUCCUCACAAGGAAGGUCAUUGCACUUUGUGGUUUGGAAUUCCUUGAAAAUCGGUCGAAACGCUCCUAGGAUUGACACUAGAUGAUGAUCCUGAAAGUCUUAGCCUGCACAAAUUUAUAUUUUUCGAGAAUUUAGUCUCAAAACCCAAAAAACGACUGAUUUUAGCGGUUUUUGAUGGUUUUCUUUGAAAAUUUGGAAGUUUUUCAAGGUUUUAUCUUCACCUGUUAAAUCAAGAGUAUUCUCAAAGAAUUUCAGAAAAAAUAAAAGUUUAAAAUAGAUCUCAAAAAAUUGCCAAGUGGUCUGAGAAGCUUAGUUUCUGUAUCUUUUCGAGUUUUUGAACUCGAAACAGUCUGACCUGUCUGCGCUCUCUUCUCCCUCACCGACAGGAAAAUAGCACGUAGACAAGAGAGAGUCGAUGGAAAAAGGGAGUGUAGAGAAAUCUGUUUGAAGAUAUGAUAGAUGAAAUUUGUAACAGAUUAUUUUUUCGGGAAAAAUAUAAAAUGUACGCUUGAAACUGUAAUAUAUUUUUUGCUGUCGUUUUUGGGAAAAUGACUUUUUUUGGGUGGGUAUUCAGUAGGCAGAAGAAUUAAUUUUUUUCGGAGUUAAAAGUUUUUAUCGAACAGAAAAAUACUAAGAAGAAUUUGCCAGGAGAUUCUUUGAUUAUAAUAAAAAAAAAUUUUUUUAGUUUUUUUAAAGAAGAUAAAAAAAUGCGUCUUCAAGGUUUAAUAAAAUUAAUUUGUUUCCUAGGACCGGCUACAAAGUUCCGGCCGAUAUGCGGAUAAUGCAAGCCAACUGUCUCACCAUCGAAAGCGCUGAAGUUACCGGUAAAAUCGACUUUUUGACGAACAUUUUUUUUCAAAGUUCCACCAGAUUACUGUUUCAGUUUUCAUAGAAAAGCUAGACCUACAGGUUCGAAGUAAUUGUGCCAGCUUGGAAAUGCUCAGACCCUCCAAAAUUUAGUUUUCUUUUUAUUUCUCAGACAGUAUUUCGAAUAUCGCGGUAUCGAUUUGAACAUGAAAUAAAGAAAAGAAAACAUUUUUGGAGGUUUUUUGAAUUUAGGAAAAACAUGAACUCCCUUUUUUUCAUGGUAUUUUUUUAUGAUACAUAUUUUUUUCAGUCGGUUAGUUCUUUCUUGGUUUAUAAUAAUAUAUAAAAUAAGAAAAACUUUAUCUGUAUACUUUUAGAAAAAGUCAAUAAUUUUGUUGAAUUGAUUAUUUUCAUAUAAAGUUUCGUCAAUAUAUUUAUUUUACGGAGAAAUGGAACAUCUUUGUUUAAUCUGAUUUGAUUAAAUCGGAGAUUUUUCGCGAAUUUCCAGGAGAAUCCGCCCCAAAAGCCUACAAAAGCGAGGCGGCGACGUCUUCUGAAUCAGUUUUCGACGCUUGUAACAUCGCCUUCAUGGGCUCCUAUUGCACCGAGGGCGAAGGCAUCGGAAUCGUCAUCCGAACUGGAAAGUUCACGGUGAGUCCAGGAAAAUAAAGUUUGAGGUCUACAAAAAAAACUUCAUGAAAUUUUGUUUCUCUCCGACAUUUUUGUCCACUUUUUCUGGUUAUUUCGUUUCAACUCGACCUUGAGUCAUUUUUGAAUUCUCUGAAGUUUCAGAGAAAAGGAAUAAUUAGUAUAGUUAAACAUUUUUCAUGGAAUUUCACGCAUUUUUUGCGACCUUUAUGUCCUUUUGAUGGUUUUUAUGUUUCAACUCCAUUGUUAUAUAUCACAUUUGUCUUUUAAAAAGUUCUUUGAACAGUAUAACAACAUUUGAGGCCGUUUUUGCGGUCAGAUAAUUCUGAAAAUUUUAACUUCAAAGUCUUCAAGAAUAUCAGAAAAAAUCUACGCUGAUGAAGCAACUUCAACGGAGGAAGAUUGUUUAUAUAUUUCAUUGAAAACAGGGAUAUGUCCUAUAAAUUCACAGUCUUUUUUAGUCUGUUUGAAAAUUUCGAGCUCGUUUUUGACAUUUCAAAAAGUCUCUUAGACAGUACAACGAAUUUUAAAGCUAUUAUUAUGGUCAUUUUUUCUGGACGCUUCAACUUCGAAUUUGUUCUGAAUAUAUCGUAGAGUAACCAAAUUCAGGUCUACCAUUGGAAAAUUCCAACGGAAUGAAAAAAAAUAUUUUUUUUUUGAAAAAAAGGUGGAAUAUCUCGUAGAGAACUUCGAGUUUGCUUAUGAAGUUUUGGUUCAGAGGCUCGUGAGGGCCUUAAAUGCCUUUUAUUUAUUUAUUUCAGGCUUUAAUGCCAAUUCUUUCCUUCUUUUUCUUGUACAUGUUAUUUUGUUCUGCCUGUAAAUAAAUAAUGUUAUGUAAGUUUGUUAGUAAGUCUCUUAAAGUUGACAGUUUUUUAACCCAUACUUUGGCUACCAGCUCUUUUCUAACCUUUCCAACUUCAAACUUCAUCGAAAUCAAAACAAAUCAACUGAAAAUUGAAGAUAAUGGGCGCGAUUGCCAGCCUCCACCAUCACAUCCCGCCGCCGAGCGGCAAACUUCAGACCGAACUCCAGAAUUUCUCGACUUUCAUCUCAUUUUUGGCCAUUUCCAUGGCCACCGUCAUAUUUUUCAUCGGUUGUUUUGUGGCAAGGUCAAUUUCCUUUUCUUGAUUUCUGAUUUAUUUUUCGAGUUCUCAGGUUUGAAAACGUCCUCGACCAUUUUAUUGUCGGUUUCGUGGUAAUUAUCGUGGCAAAUGUCCCGCAGGGCCUCCCGGCAACAGUCAUGUCCCAACUCAGGAUCAUCGCCCGAAGAAUGGCCCAGAAAAAUAUUCUCAUCAAGAAAUUGGAACUUAUAGGUGGGAAUCAUCAAAAUCAAAGAGAAAAUGGUUACAAUAAAGUUUAUUUUUCAGCCCUAAAUUUUUUUUUUCUCAUCAACUGUUGUAAAACUAUCAAAACUGAUUUUGGUAGUCGGAUGAUCAGGAAAUCGAGGAAUUUUGGGAAAUUGAGAUAAAGAAUAGAAAAUAAGUUAUGAAAAAAGGAAUGAAACGAAAGAAAAUGAGGGAAAAUAACCAUGAAAAAGCAUUAAACUCCUUAAUUUAUUGAUUAGUCCUCGAACGUUUUUAAAGUCAUUUUUUGAAAAAUGUCGAAAAAAACGCAAAAAAAAAGAGGUGAACUUUAAGUUAUAAUUCACCAAAGAUCGUUAAACUUUUAUUAAUGAGAGUUUAAUUUCACGUUUUUGAAGCUUCUUUCGAUUGAAAUAGAAAUUGAAAACUCGUUGUGAUUCUUUUUUUCGAUUUUUGUUUUCGCUCCUUCAGUUGACGAACUUUAAAUCACUUCACAGUUUCAUUUAGCUGGUUUUAGUAUCUUAAACAGAGAUUUUAUGUUUGUUUACUGUGUAGGGGUCGGUUAAAAAUGAUGAAAAAAACCAAUAAAACGAAAUUUUUGGCUAAAUAAAUGUCCAUUUUUUUGGAACUAUCUUGUUUUUUUCUUUUGAAAUGAGAGAUUAAUAAAAACCCGUGUUUUUUUAUUUUUAUUUUUUUGGACAAACUGGGGAAAAAUUUAAAUUAAAAACAGAUAAAUCAAAAAGUAAAACUGCGGAAAAUGGGAAACCCAGAAAAAUAUUGAGAUUCCGAAACCAUUUUUUUACCAUUUCUUCAAGUCUUUUUUUAAAAAUGAAAAAAAUUUCGAUUUUUUUCAAUUUCAACCCUGUUUUUCUUCUUCCUACAUUUUUUCUUUGUUAAUCGAGAUGAAAUUCUGGAAAAAAGGGUCUUCAGACGAACUCGGAGCCGCUACCGUAAUCUGCACGGAUAAGUCGGGAACUCUGACGAUGAACAAGAUGAUCGUGACGGACUUGUGGUACAAUCGGAGACUGCUCACAGGUUCUUGCGGCAAAAAAUAUUCUGAACAUUUUGAAGAAGUUUCAGGCGGCGUCGAUCUGAAACAUCCGCAUCUGAAGGCGAUGAAGACGUCGGUGAGGAAUGAACGGCUCGAAGACCCGCUUCCGGAUAUUCUCACCGGUUUACCUGGGCAAAAACGCAAAAAAAAGGACAUAUUUUUCCAUGGAGCACAUUUACUCAAGUCUCUCUGACUAAUUUCAGGAAAAUGACAUUGAAAUACCAUUUUGAAUUCAAAAAGUUUUUAUUUUGCUUUUUUUAAAAAUACAGACUUGUGAGUUUAUAUUAAGUUCAAACGAAUUUCUAAAUUCUUCCUUUAGCGGAAAAUUUUUGUACUUGAAUAUCGUAAAAAUUAGAGCUAUUAGUGGGCUUUUAAAUGGCUCUAAUAGAAAACUCUACUGAAACGGGAAAAAAUUGAAUAAAGGUUAAAGUCGCGACGAACGAACUAUAGUGAAAAUGCUAGACAAAGAAUCGACGGCCUUUAAGAUUUCAUUUUAUUUUCCAAAGCCUUCAAACUCCGAAAAGCGAGGGGGAAAAAAUGAAAAAUUUUACAGUAAUGUCCGUGUGCAAUGGAGCGCAGUUUGAGUACGUCAAAAGAAGCAUGAGAAGAGUCUCGACGAUGCGCGCCAUUCAGAAGUCCGCGUCCGAGGCGAUGCUCAGCGCCCCGAUGAGGAAGAAGUUCACGAUAGUGUUAGAAACCUCUCAAGCCUCCCGGAAAUGUGCCCUUUUUGAAGAGACACGAGGACGGGACAAGUCUCAGAAGCUGGCAAAAAUCGAGAAAUCUCCUCGAUUUGCCCCAACUCGCAUCACAACUCGUCGGAUAGAAAAGGUGCGCAAAUAAUUCAGUCUUCAAAAAAAAAGACAACCUUUUACUUCGAAGUGCAUGCGCCUUUAAUAUAGUGGUAAUUUUCAGAUUAAAUUAAAGGCGCAUGCACAGAGACAUGCCGUCAUUGAAAAAGGAGAGAUGAGUUGACCCCUAGAGUGGAACCUCUAAGGGCCCCUGAGGUUGCCCUAUAAAUACCACUCUGAAGUCCCUAAGUAGCUCGGAGGAAUGGAAAAUCGUUCCCAGCUGGCUAUGAGGAAUCAGUUUCAGAGAACGGGAAGAAAAAGACGCGACGCGACGCUCUUCUGGGGGUGCCGAGCGACGUCGCCUUGGUGCAGUAUGUGGAGCAGUUCGCGAGCGUCGAAGGCAUCCGUCAGCGGUACCACGUCGUCCACGAGAUCCCCUUCAACUCGAUCCGCCGAUGUCAGCUCGUCGUCGCCAAGUGCCUGAGCGACACCAACGGCCACGUCGACGACCUCCCCGACCCGCUGGAAGUUUCGUCGAGCCGCCUCCGUUCAUUGUUCUGGCCGGUUUUAGAAGCAGUCCCGCUACGUGGUCUUCAUCAAGGGCGCCCCGGAAGUCAUCCUCGGCAAGUGCGCCAAGGUGCUCCAGAACAAGGAGCUCGUCGAGAUCGACGACGACUAUCGGAAGCAGUGUCAAGUGAGAGAGAAGGGUAAAUGCCCCCAGCUGGGAGGUGUCCAACAACUAUUUCUUGAAGCCUUAAAAUCGAAGAAAAAUAGAAAAUUGCAUUUAAAAAAAUUUUUCAUUCUUAAAAAAAGUAGGUCAAUAUUUCCGCUUAUCACAAUUUACAGUUUCAGAAUCUUUCCGAGCCACCUAUUUUAAAUUAUCGGCGCAUAAACUUACAACGCAUUUAAUCAAUCAAAAAAAGAGAAGAUCAAGCCUCAUAAUAAGCUCAGCUUGAAACGGCGAGUUGAGUUUCAGACGGCCUGGGAGCAACUCGGGAACGAAGGCCGACGCGUCAUCGCCUUCGCGCAGCGACACUUCCACGCCUGCGAAACGGCCAAAUUCGGCGGAAAAGACGGGGCUGAAUGGCCCGAAGAGCUCGUUUUCCUCGGCAUGGCCGCUAUUAUGGAUCCACCCAGGUAG